GAGGCUCACCGCUGGCCGCCGCCGCAGCGCAGGCACAGCGAGCGCCAGCUGCUCCACACAUUGCCUUGCGACGGCCACCAUCCCAUCCUCUAUCCCUGCUCCCUCUCGGCAUGCCUCCGCGCCCGCGCUCCUCGCGCGGUGCGCCGCCGCCGCCGCCGCCGUGGCCCGUCGUGUUCGCCGAGGCGCCGCCGCACCUCGCCGCCCUCUCGCUGCCCGAGCGGCUCGGCGUCGUGUCGCCCGACGAGGUCGCCCGUGCUCGCGGCCACAGCCGCGCCUCGACGCACGCCGGGCCCUCGUCGAGCGUCGCGCAGUAUGCUCCCGCCGCAGCGGGCGGCUACGUGCUGCUGCACCCGCCGCCAGCGAGCGGGCGAGCCAGCAGGCGUGAGCGUCCGCAGCCGCUGCGCUCCUGGCCGGCGCCGCAGCCGAACGCCGGCGCCAUGCAGCCGCCCGUGUCGCCGACGUCGUCCUUCUGCCCGCCGACGCCGAGCUCGAGCAUCUCGUCGCGCUCCACGGGCACGACGGCCGCCUCGUCGCUCUACUCGCUGCCCUCGCCCACGUCGGCCCACGGCUCCUUCCACUCGGCACGCGGCGGCGCAGCCAACGGCCUCAAGGGCUCGCCGAGGCGCAAGUCGUCCGACGCACGCGCCAGCUCGGACAGCUUCGCCUUCCCGCACCACAGCGAAGUGACGGGCCUGGGCCUGGAGGACGAGCUUGCGGCGGUGGAGGGCCACGGGGAGAGCGACAGAUGGCAUGUCGACGACUACUUUGUGCACAUGCACACGACGAUCCGCGGCCGCGAGCGCAUGCAGCGCACGCAUGCCUUUCCGCACUCGCAGGUGCCGUACCGGCAGACGUACGGCGCAGAGACGAUGGCUGGGCAAAUGAUCUGGCAUCUCCUGUCGUACGACCUUCUGAAGAGCCACUGCCUGACCGACUGGCCCAACGACGUUGCGCCGCGGCGCGUGCUCGACAUUGGCUGCGGCGAGGGCAGCUGGGUGACGGAUCUCGCACGGACGCCGGGCUGGGAGCAGACGGAGCUGAUCGGGCUCGAUGUGGUACCGUGCCAGACGCCGCUGCACGACCACAAGCUGGCGCAGCGCGUCUCGUGGGUCGUGGCUAAUGCCUUUGACGGCCUCUCCAUGUUCCCGGACGGCUCGUUUGACUUUGUCCACAUGCGCUUCAUGGUGAGUGAGCCGAUGCUGCGAGCAGACAUGAGGCUGACACGCAGCGCGCAGGGCGGCAACUCGGUCCCCGAGGACAAGCUGACAGACCUCAUCGACACCAUGGUCCGCCUCACUGCGCCUGGAGGACGCAUCGAGAUCCUCGAGGCCGACACCAUCUUCCUCGGCACGCCGCACCUCAUCCCCGCCAGCGACAUCAAAGCGCUGGUCAGUGGCCAGGCGUCCAUCACGCUGCGCACCGGCCCGCCGGAUCCGCUCAGCCGCAACCGCGACUUUGACGCGCUGGAGCGCUGCACGCUGCGCAACUACGAGCGGCACGGCGUCUCGCUCUCGCCGCUGUCCAUCAUCCCAGCGUGCCUCUCUAUGCACAGCGACUUGAUCGACACGCGGCUCGGCAACCCGCGAUGUCUGCCGCUGCUUGCAGAUCCCAACAUGCAGCUCGGUCCGCCACCAGCGCCGCCUGCGCCUGCCGCAAGCGCUGCUGUAGAGGCACCAGCACCGGCGCCAGCGCCUGCGCCUUCGGCAGCCGGAGCGUUCACCACGCGCGCGCAGAUUGGCGCUCCGUUGCCAAAACCGACGUUCCAGGUGCUGGAUCUCGAUCUCGUCCGCUCAAUGCUCGUCGCCGCCGAGGCGCUAUUCCACAGCGCCAACCGCGAGCUGAUGUGGGAGGACACCGAGGCGGAGAAGCAAGAGGUCUUGAAGCAGCCGCACGCCGGCACCUCAGCCGACGGCGUCACGGCCGACGGCCGCUUCGUGCACCCGUGGCCGCACAAGGCCGGCUUCAUGAAGGUGCACGACGUCUGGACGGAGAAGACGUGGCAGCGCGCUGCCGUCGGGCGCAUGCUGGAGCGGGCAACCGAGACGAAGCGCCCGCCGCUCGGCGUCGACUUCCUCGGACUCGGCGACGCGUGCGCUCCGCCCAAGUCGGUCUCGCCCGCCGCCUCACCGAGCGUGUCGCCGACGACCCUGCCUCAGGAUGCUGCGCCGAGGCGCUCGUCGGUCGGCUCGACUGCGCAGGCCCUGUCGCGAGCAGCCUCGCUCGCGAAGGGCUCCCGAGGCAGCGAGGCCAAGCCGGCAGCGACAGCUCCGCCUGCGGCGACCGCUCCACCCGCCGAGGCCAAGCCUACCGUGCCCACCAUCCCUGUCCUAGCCGUCAAGCGGACCACAGGCUUCACCGCGGUGCGCCGCGAGUGUCUCGUGUAGUGCUCUACUUUAUGCUCCGCUGUUCGGCGCAGCCGCCGCUCGUUUGCUCCAAUCUGCUA